CACUGUUCUAACUGUACUCUCAUCCUGACACUGCUGCUGCUAUAACAGUCCCAGGACAAGAACAUGAACAAGCUGCUGCUUUGGGUCUCUGUCCUCACCAGUCUCCCAGAAGCCUUUGCUCAGACAGACCUCAGUGGGAAGGUAUUUGUGUUCCCUAGAGAAUCCUCUAGUGACCAUGUGAACUUGAUCACAAAGCUGGAGAAACCGCUGCAGAAGUUUACUGUGUGUUUUCGAGCCUAUAGUGACCUCUCCCGUGCCUACAGCUUCUUCUCCUACAACAUCUGGACCAAGGAUAAUGAGCUACUAAUUUAUAAAGACAAAGUCGGACAGUAUGCUUUACACAUUGGAGGCACAAAAGUUAUUGCCAAAGCUAUCGAGCAGUUCCCCAGCCCUGUGCACAUCUGCACUAGCUGGGAGUCUUCCUCGGGCAUUGCUGAAUUUUGGGUCAAUGGGAAGCCGCUGGUGAAAAAGGGCCUGAAGCAGGGUUAUUCUGUGGGAGUUAACCCCAAGAUUGUCCUGGGACAGGAGCAGGAUUCCUAUGGAGGAGGGUUUAAUCAGAACCAGUCCUUUGUGGGAGAGAUUGGAGAUUUGUACAUGUGGGACUCUGUGCUGUCUCCAGAAGAGAUUCUGCCUGGGUAUAAGGGUUCCCCCCUCAAUCCCAAUAUCCUGGACUGGCGGGCUCUGAGCUAUGAGGUAGAAGGAUAUGUUGUCAUCAAGCCCCUGGUGUGGCACUGAGGUCUUGAACCAACAAAACCACUUGAAAAUGAAAUAAUCAACAUCCGAGAGAUCUGCUAAAGGCAACUGGACACUAGAUCCUAUAUCCGUAGCU